UGCCAAGAUAAUCUGCAGCACUUGCUUGCUUGCUGCUGCUGCUGACCGUCGCCUGGGCCACCGACAGUCUGCCGCCACCACCACCAGAAACUCUCCAUUUAUCCAUUUUGCGAAUAGAAUCAUCUCCAUCUCAACUUUAAACCAAGUACAAUCUUCUCCUUCGUCUAUCGAAACUCCGAAAGAAAGAGUGUUCUUGUACUUCCCAUGUAGCCACCACAUCGAGGAUCUUGAUUUGACCCUUCAUUUAUUCUCAGUCCUCGAGACUAUUACUAUGCGAUUAUCCUCGACCCUCGAAUACCCAUUUCCAUCGACCUCUCCAAAGUCCCUCCUUUUCAUUCCCAAGACCCAGAAUUUUCGUACACUGCCAAACUUUCCUCCAAGAAACGGGCUUUGCGCCCCGAAAAUGGCUUCUUUUCCUGGGUUGUCAGUGAGGUGCCGCGUGGCCGGAGGUGCAACGGAGAGCCGUAAUGAAUACCGCACAUUGGUAGAGUUCUUGGGUAAGGCGGGGAUUGGUGUGGGAGAUGAUGUGGUGCUGCUGUUUGAUCACAUACAGUAUGCUUGCAAGAGGGUUGCUUCUCUUGUGGCUUCUCCUUUCAAUUCCAGCUUGGGAAAGCAAGCAAGUCUUGUUGGUGGGGUGGGGGGUGAAUCAGGCAGAGAUGCCCCAAAGCCUCUGGACAUCGUCUCUAAUGAAAUUAUCUUGUCGUCUCUAAAGAAUUCUGGAAAAGUUGCUGUCAUGGCUUCAGAAGAAGAUGAUACUCCAGUUUGGAUAGCUGAUGAUGGCCCAUUUGUUGUGGUAACGGAUCCCUUAGAUGGUUCUAGGAACAUUGACGCAUCCAUUCCCACAGGAUCAAUUUUCGGCAUAUAUAAUCGGCUCGUGGAACUUGAUCAUUUACCUAUAGAUGAGAAGGCUCAGCUGAACUCACUGCAGAGUGGAACCAGGCUUGUAGCUUCUGCUUAUGUUCUCUAUUCUUCAGCCACGAUUCUCUGUGCUACCUUUGGUUCCGGAACACAUGCUUUUACUCUGGAUCAGUCUACAGGAGACUUCAUUCUAACUCAUCCAAAUAUUAAAAUUCCUCCUAGAGGGCAAAUUUAUUCUGUAAAUGAUGCAAGAUAUUUUGAUUGGCCGGAUGGUUUAAGGCGGUAUAUCGACACUGUUAGGCAAGGGAAAGGAAGAUACCCCAAGAAAUAUUCAGCACGUUAUAUAUGCUCUCUGGUGGCUGAUUUUCAUCGCACUCUGCUGUAUGGUGGCGUGGCAAUGAAUCCUAGAGACCACCUCCGUUUGGUGUAUGAGGCAAAUCCUUUAAGUUUUCUUGUAGAGCAGGCGGGUGGCAAGGGCUCCGACGGCAAAAGUAGGAUUCUUUCUAUUCAACCUGUGAAGCUGCAUCAAAGGUUGCCACUGUUUUUGGGCAGUCCGGAGGACAUUGAAGAAUUGGAGAGCUACGAAGAUGUUCAGCAAAAAGUAAAUCCUGGAUAUGAAGUUUAGGUAACCCAGUUGUGUUGACCUGAUGGGUUUCCUGAUUAUGGUACUCUACCUGUUACAGUUUUGGGAUCGAGUCACUCAAUAUGUAUUUUUUUUUUUGGUUGAAACUCAAUAUGUACUAUACUAAAUAUAAAUCAGCAAUUCCUGUAUAAUGCAUGCCAAAUUAGGACCAACUUUUUGUGCAAUGUUAAACGAUAGGGCAAUUAAAUCGAUUUUCUCUUGAGCUUUAUCAGAUGAUACGUGAUUGAGGAUUGGCA